AUGAAGGUUAUUACCUCUGGAUUACAGUACGUUAUCGUUAUCGGUUUCAUCUUGUGCUACGUCGAAGUGGUCGAAGUGUCAGGACAGGCCUCGGUCGAGCGGUGUACAGGUUUAGUGCCUACUGGAAACGUCCACGUCUCCUCCACCAUUCCAGAAGGCGAGUCCGGAGGGAAGCCUGAGCCACGCGAGCUGCCUGGUUCUGGCACAAAUGGGAGGCCACCACAAGAAUAUAAUCAGAAUCCAUCAGGAAACGAUACUUCCCCAAGGAAGGCCUGUUUACCGCAAGAGUCUAAAGUGAAUUCAUCCGAAGUGGAUCCUUCUCAAGGAAAGUCUGGAGGAGCAACCGACGGAGUCCCUUCAUCGGAUAAUUCGGCAUCGACAAUCGCUCUCUCGUUCCUAACUCUGCUCAUUCUCUCGGGACUUGCUGCUUAG